AUGGUCGCACCACACGGCGUCACCGGCAUGCUGGGUGAAGAUGGCAUCCACGUCGAUAUGCAGCACUUGAAGAGUGGUGAGGUCAACCUGGGUACCUCGAUUAUGGCCAUCAACUUCAAGGACGGAGUCAUUCUCGGCGCCGACAGUCGCACAACCACCGGAGCCUACAUUGCCAAUCGAGUCACCGACAAAUUGACACAGGUGCACGACACCAUCUGGUGCUGCCGAUCUGGGUCGGCGGCUGACACCCAAGCCGUCGCAGACAUUGUCUCCUACCACCUCAACAUGUACGGAGUGACCAACAACGAAGCCCCCAGCACACAGGUCGCGGCCUCGCUUUUCCAGGAACUGUGCUAUGAGAACAAGGAUGCCCUGAGUGCCGGUAUCAUCAUUGCCGGAUAUGAUCCCCGACACGGUGGCCAGGUGUACUCCAUACCGCUGGGAGGAUCGCUACACAAGCAGUCGUUCGCGAUCGGCGGCUCAGGCUCCACCUACAUCUAUGGUUAUACGGACGCACACUGGCGGGAGCAAAUGACCGAGCAAGAGGGAAUUGACUUUGUGCGAAGUGCCUUGCAGGAGGCUAUUAAGUGGGAUGGCAGCUCGGGCGGCGUGAUUCGUCUGGUGGUCCUGACCAAGAAGGGAGCAGUGCGACAUCUGUACCUGCCGGACAAUGGCUACACGGGGCCUGGCGUGACCAAUUAA